UACGACGCCCCUGUCCUCCGUGUUUGGUGAGUUUUUGGUUCGUGAAAUCCCUCUCUGAGUGGAUGUCUUACCUCAACGUUUCGAACAAACGAUCUAUGCUGUAGUCUCUAACAAAGCUACACAGGAUAAAGGCUACCACGUGACCAACAAAACAGUGAUGACCUCCCCUGCCAGCUAGCUAACACGGGGAGAAUUAAUGCUAACAGUUUUCCAAUAAAUCAGCUGACUACAGUUCAUACAAUGGAUCAGACCAAACAAGAAGAGGACUAUGGGUACGACUUAUUCCCGGAGAGGACCAAGGGGAAGUAUAAGAAGGGAUCCAUCGGGGAGAGCCUGUUCACUUUCAACCACAAGUGUCAGGUCAUGCUGCAGUUUGCAAUGGAAACCAGUCCUUAUGCCAAACUUCUCCUCAGUGCCAUGAAGAGCUCAGGAUGCAAAGUGUACAAAGACCGACAUUUCUCCUGUGAAGACUGUGACGGGACGGUCAGCGGUGGAUUUGAUGCAGCUUCCUCUCAAAUUGUUUUGUGUCAGAACAACAUCCACCAGCAGUCCCACAUGAACCGAGUGGUCACACAUGAGCUGAUUCAUGCCUUUGACCACUGCAGGGCUCACGUGGACUGGUUCAACAACUACAGACAUCUGGCUUGUUCAGAGAUCCGGGCAGCUAACCUCAGUGAAGACUGCGCCUUUAAGAAUGAAGCCGCAAGAUUUAACUUUGGCUUGAAGCAGCAUCAUCAGGAAUGUGUCAGAGGGCGAGCCCUCCGCUCCAUACUAGCUGUGAGGAACAUUAGCCGAAAAGAGGCGGAGAAAAUUGUAGAUGACGUCUUCGACACGUGUUUCAACGACCACGCGCCGUUCGGACGAGUCCCGCACGGACAGAAGGAUGCCCGGUUUGCCAGCAGAGAUUACGAGAACAGAGAUCGAUACCACGCCAACCUCUAGUGUCCUCUCCUUCAGAUUUAACUCCCAAGGGUGCUGUGACUUUCAGUGAAGUUGACGAGAAUCGAGCAUCGGAGUAGCCUUGGUCAGCAUUAACACUUCCAACAGAAUGACAAUGUGAUGAAAAAGAUCAAAUCCCUUCAGAAGGGAUUUCCAGAGGGGCGUUUGUCCUUGGAGCCAGAAAAGAAAGAAAGGAAAGAGUUGGAGUUAAUUUCAUUUUCUACGUUUUGGACGCUGAAAGUAUUUGAUGAGGCCCUGUGAUUUAUCUGUCAUUUGUUUUAAGGUGAUCUAAAGGUGCUUUAAGGAAAUAGCAGGAUUUCCUUUGAUUGUCCACUCUUCAUCUUGUUGCCACAAUGACCUCCAAUUUCUUGUAAAUAGAGCUGAUUGUGCUUAAAUUAAACCGAAUUAACUUGUCUUUGAAUUAAAGUUUGAUUCCUCUAAAGAA